ACACCCAAGUCCUCGUCAAUGCGUGGGGUAUUGGGAGAGACCCCGAGUACUGGGACAAUCCAACAUCGUUUGUGCCUGAGCGGUUUUUGGAUUGUGGGGUGGAUUAUAAAGGAAGGGAUUUUGAGUAUAUUCCGUUUGGUGCUGGUCGGAGGAUUUGUCCCGGGAUACCGUUGGCGACGAGGAUGGUGCAUUUGAUGGUCGGUUCGAUUGUUCAGGCGUUUGAUUGGAAGUUGCCGGAGGAGAUGAGGUCGGGAGAGUUGGAUAUGGAAGAACAGUCUUUGAAGAAAGCUGUUCCUUUUCUUGCUAUUCCUAUAUUGGAAUGA